CCCUGGCCCAUGCACGGGGCUAGCGAACAGUGGGAGGAGCUCCUCCAUUUGUCCUCCCUGUGGGGCAACACUCACCUCCCGACAUUUGUCGACACGCAAGCGGAGCUGGGUGCUCCUCACGUCCUGCAGGUCGCGAUAGACAGCGCGAUUGUCGCAAUGGAUGAGCAGCCAGACGCUGAUGUACUACUUAGCCAGAUAGUAUGCUCAAUGACAGAUCCCAUCAUCUGCAUUCUCAUCAAUUUGUCUAACACUUGCCAUUGUGCACGAUUGUCAAACCCGAUCAAUUCCAGCGAUCAACCUCAAGACUUACAUUCGACACUCAUCGACGGCAACACACAAUGGGCUACCCUACCGCACAAACAACAACGAUCCAAAAUCCUCGUUUGAGGCUGCUGAACAAAAUCAGAGCAGGAGAAUUCCCGUUGAUGACCUUUGUUGCGAUACCUUCUGUUCGCCAAGCCCAAAUAGUAGCAUUGACAGGCCUCGACGGCAUCAUCAUCGACUGCGAGCAUGGUCACAUUGGUGACGAUGCUAUGCACAACUCGGUAGCUGCCAUAUCAGCCCUUGGCGUGUCACCAGUUAUCCGCAUCCGCGGCCCAGCACACGACAUUCUCAAGCGCGCGUUGGACACAGGAGCGCACGGUAUCAUGGUCCCUCAGAUCAACAACGCCGAAGAAGCCGCUCAGGUCGUCGCCUCUUCGAAAUUUCCCCCACAAGGAGUUCGCGGCCAGGGCUCAGCAUUCCCGGCCAUCGGCCAUGGCCUCACGACCCCUGAGUACAUGAAGUCGGCCGACCAGACAAUCAUCACCAUGAUCCAGAUCGAGACACGCGCCGGAGUUGAGAAUGUCGAGGCCAUCGCCGCUGUCCCUGGCGUGGACCUUAUCUUCAUUGGUCCGAACGACCUUGCACAGUCACUGCUGGGCUACACUCCCGCACGAGGCGACGAGCCAGAGUUCGUCCAGGCCGUCGACAAGAUCAUUGCCGCUGCGCGUAACAAUGGCAAGUGGGCCGGAAGGAUGGUCAACAACGGCACAGCAGCGAAGGAAGCGAGGGAAAGAUACGACACGGUUGCCAUCACUGGCGACACCAAGGCUAUUCAGAACUGGUACAUGGCAGAGUUCGAGAUCGCGCGGUCUGGUAUGGCGCAGCCGUAGAUGGAUGCAGUGAAGUGGCGGUAGAGAGUGGUGGGGAGCAUGCAGACCGAAGGUCAGAUGAGUGCGAGCAACAGCAAUAC